UUGCCAUCUUUGAGUGCGUUCUCCUAUUUCUAGCUCCCCUUCCUUCCACCGUAAUGGCCACCUGGACCGAGGAGGAGACCUUUGUCUGCUCGGUUUGCCUGGACACCCUGAAGGACCCGGCCACGCUCCCAUGCGGGCACUCGUACUGCUUGGCUUGCAUCCAGAGCCACUGGGACAAAGGGGACAGCAAAGGCCAGUACAGCUGCCCCCAGUGCAGGCAGGUCUUCAACCCCAGACCCUCGCUGGCCAAGAGCACCGUCCUUGCGGAGGCCAUGGAGAAACUCAGAACCAACAGCAUCAAGCAAACAGCUCCACCAUCCAAUCCCAUCUACCUGGAGGUCCUGCCGGGUCCUGGGGGGCCGGGGCCGGGGCAACAGGGCAGUGUGUACCCCCAGCUCCCCACAGUGGAGCCCAGACCCUGUCCUCACCACAACCGACCCCUGGACCUGUUCUGCCACGAGGACAGGGAGUGUGUUUGUGAGGUCUGUUGUCAGCAGGGACACAAGGGACAUCAUGUGCUCAAACCGGAGGAGGAGAGGACUCACAGACAGAAGGAGCUGGUUCAGAUGCAGGAGGAGGUGCAGAGGAGGAUUCAGGAGACAGAAAAGAAGCUUGUGGAGCUCCCUCAUGCUGCUCGCCAGCACAAAGCCUUGGUCCAGGCUUUGGAGCAGGAGAGCACAGAUUUAUUCUCAGAGCUCACCAAGACUGUGAGCACAACAGACAACCAGGUUGGCGAGCUCCUCGGCGCCCACGAGACCUCCCUGGGCAGCCAGGUGGAGGGGCAGAUCCACAGGCUGGAGCAGGAGGUGGCACAGCUCCGGUGGAGGAGCGAGGAGCUGAGCAGACUGGCUGACAUGCAGGAUCACAUCUGCUUCCUGAAGAAUUUCCAGAUCAUGGAGCCGCUUGGUCAGACAGGUGCGACAGGUGUGUCGGUGCUGAGUAAGGAGGAGGAGGUGGUGGCCUCCGUCCGCUCGGCCAUGAAGGAGUUACAGACGUCGAUACAGGAGGUCUGCAAGGCCAGUCUGACCAAGAUCGCCUCUAUAGUGAAUCCCAACCCUGAAGCUUCACCUCCCACUGUUGCAGCAGCAGGAGCUUCAUCAGGUGACACCUGUGGUCAACCAACUACACAAAACACAGUGUAUGAAAUGACCACAGACCCUCCACCUUUGCCGCCUCCGCGACCUCAAGGGCAUACAUCUUCAUCCAAAUAUCCAGUUCCUCAUCCUGUAUGUCCUCAAGCUUCAGCCCCUCCUCUACCCUUCCCUCCUCCACAACCUCAAGCACCUCCUGCAGCAACGACAGGGCUUGUGAAUCCAGAACCAAAGACUAGAGGAGAGCUGUUGAAAUUUCGCUUCGAACCCACCAUGGACCCCAACACGGUGUAUCGCCACGUGCAGCUUUCAGAUGGAGGUCGAAAGGCCACGAUGCGGGCCGAAAACCUGAACCCGCCGGACCAUCCCGAACGCUUCCACUUCUGGAGACAGGUCCUCUGCAGAGAGCCUCUGGGUGGGAGCCCUUACUACUGGGAGGUGGAGUGGACCGGCCAAAAGAUCACCAUUGGCGUGGCCUACAAGGAGAUGGAGCGUAAAGGUUCUGAUGACAAAAGCCGUUUGGGCCACAACCCCCAGUCCUGGAGCUUGUACUGGUCUGGGACCGGCUUCUCCUUCUGGCACGAUGGGCAGGAAAAACUCCUUGGCUCACCAAAGGCCAAAAAGAUCGGUGUCUACCUAGACCAACACGCAGGAGUUCUGGCCUUUUACCGCAUCUCCCACAAUCAGGCUGACCUCAUCCACCGGCACCAGACCCAGUUCACUGGGCCACUGUACCCUGGGUUCAGGUUCUGGGCAGGAGUAGGGGCCACAGUGACUGUUUGCCAGUUGGAUUAAGUUCUAUAUAGAUGACGCCGUAUUGUUUUUUGACACUGGUCUGGUUGGAAGCAUGUGACACUUUUGAAAAAAGGAAGUAACUGUCUUCUUGCUCUGGAGAUUCUUCUAGAUAAGAAAUGAAAAUGUUCAGGAAUGUCCUGUUUUCAUAAUAUUCUUAUUGACCUGAUGUAAGUCUUUGUAAGUUAAUAAAUGAUUAAUAAACAUGCACUUCAUCUA